GGCGCGCGCUGGCAGGUUUUGCGUACGCUUGACGUCUCCUCCUCCUCUCUCUCUCUUUCUCUCUCAUUUCUCUCCGUACCGUCUCCAUCCAUCCGUCCAUCCCCCAUCUCCUCUCCUCAGACCUCGCAGAAAGAAGGAAGCCCUCCUCUGGGAUGGAUUAGUAAACUCGCGGCUGAGAUGGACGCCUGAUCUGAGGGAUGGAGUCGCUUCACCUGUUUCUCACCAUCCUCGCGCUUCGGGCCAGUCUCGCCCCCGCGGCAGACCACAAAUUCGGUUGCCUGUUUGAGGAUGGUCUGUGUCUGAAAUAUGAAGUCUGUCUAAAUGAUGGCAUGUUGGGUCGCUGCGAGGCUGCACCUCUAACAAAUGUCUACACGUAUGACGUCACUCCGGCAACAGUGCAGAGAUUGCGAAACCUGCUCCAGAGACUAGCACACAGAGGCUUGUCUUGGGAGGAUGAUGUCACACAGCAGAUUUUAUCAAAUGAGUUCUCCAAACUACGCAGAGUUUCCCUUCCAUUACCGGAGCCAAGGCCGAAGGGUUAUGGGAUUGCUUUUGGAGACAGACGAAUGAAGUCAUCAUCAGAUGCUGAUGUUAAAAACACACUGAAAUACCUGCAGCACCUGUUACUGUUACCAAAAACAGCACACAAGGGGGCGGAGCUUCAGUACUAUCGCUCUGGAAAGCCACGCCCUGAAAGUGACUCCUCCCCUCCUGAGUUCAUUCCAGAAGUGCCGUAUCAGUCAAAGGCUUACCCAGACCUCAGCCGAUACCAGGGUGAUGCCACACAAGCUCCCCUGCAGGAGGGCAAAUCUGACCUGCUCAAAGCCGCUCUACAGAAAUAUCUGUCCAAGAGCAAACAACCUCAGCCUGAUGUGGGAGAAACAUCCAGAGUGGACCGGAUCUUCCUAAAAGACGAACCAGCAAAGCCUUCUGCCGGUGACCCUCUUACUCCUGUUGAUGAAUCUUUUAUCUGGAAAGUUCUGCGAAACGUAGGCCGGCACAGUGUGGAUGUAAAGAGUUUAAAGUCCGGAGAUCUGGAUAAGCUUGCUGUCCUCAUCGCAGACGCUCUGCAGGUGGUGGAUCAACAGGCUGGUCAGACAGAGACGCCCAGAGACCUGGACACACAGCAGGACCCGGAGGACGAGACAGAAGAUGUGCAGUAUCAAGACCAGCAGCCUGAGAGCUACUCAGAGGAGCAGACCCCUGAAGACAGUGCUCAGAAACAGAAAGAUGGGGAGAGUCCAUCAGUCACUCAAAGGACUGUUCAAACCAUCCCAACUGUGACAGAGAGACAGACAUUAAAGGAGGAGAAGAGAACUAUGGACAACAAGCAGGACGUGGGCUUUUUAGGGAAGCUGCUGGAGUACCUGGAUAAGACAUCCGGUUCAGAAGGAGAGCCUGUUGAUAAGGGACAAGGAGUGUCUGUGGAGACAGUUCGCAGCCGAACUACACACCGUGAGGUGGGGAUGCAGAAGAAGGCCAUAGAGAGAGUGGAGGAGGUGGAGGGCUGGGUGCAGGCAGCAGCUAUAGCGCCCUCUGCAGAGCUGGAGAAAAACCCUGCACCACACCGCAAGACCAUGAAAGUAGACGAUCUUCAGCUUGACGUCCAGAGCAACGUCAAAAAUGACAUCUAUGGAUACAUUAUUACUGACACAGAGAAUCUUCCUACAGAUAAGGGCUUGUAUCUUAUGGAAUUGGUGGCUCGUAAAGCAAAAAUUCAGAUGACAGACUUCUCAGAGCUCUCUGUUGUUAGUCCAGCUGUGACGUUUCAGGUCCGUCCAAACGCUCAGAACGUCAGUACAGCAGAUGUGGCAAAUGUAGCAGUCCGUCAGAAGGAUGAACUAGAGAAAGAAGCAAAAGUGAAGAUUGUGGAGGCUGGAGUCACCGAUAGGAGUAAACUGAAUCAGAUCCCCACCAAGUACAGUCGCUCCGAGUCUCUGAAGUUUCUUAUUCUGACAGUGAUCUCCAUUAUCUGCAUUACUGGAGUGUUGCUGGCGUCCAGUGUGGUUUACUGCCUGCGCCAUCGCUCUCAUCACAAAAUCAAGGAGAAGCUCACUAACCUUGGCUCAGACCCCACGCCUGAUGCCACUGCUACCUACCAGGAACUGUGUAGGCAGAGAAUGGCAGUGAAGCCUCCUGUAGAAAAGUCGGAUCCCAUUCACUCUUCUCGGAUAAACAGCGUAUCGUCUCAGUUGAGUGAUGGACCAAUGCCGAGCCCGUCUGCACGCACAAGCACCUCCUCCUGGAGCGAAGAGCCCGCUCACUCCAACAUGGACAUCUCUACUGGGCACAUGAUUCUGGCAUAUAUGGAAGACCAUCUGAAAAACAAGAACCGUUUGGAGUCGGAGUGGGAAGCUCUCUGUGCAUACCAGGCUGAACCCAAUGCCAGCACCAUCGGCCAGAGAGACGGCAACAUCAAGAAGAACCGCACAAGUACCGUCAUAGCCUAUGAUCAUUGCAGAAUAACUCUGAAGGCGGAGAACAAUCAAGGGAACUCCGACUACAUCAACGCCAGCCCAAUUAUGGAUCAUGACCCUCGUAACCCUGCAUAUAUCGCCACUCAGGGGCCACUGCCAUCCUCUGUGGCUGACUUUUGGCAGAUGGUCUGGGAAAGCGGGUGUGUGGUCAUUGUCAUGCUGACUCCUCUCACUGAGAACGGUGUGAAGCAGUGUUAUCACUACUGGCCUGAUGAAGGCUCCAACCUCUACCACAUUUAUGAGGUUAAUCUGGUUUCCGAGCACGUCUGGUGUGAGGACUUCCUGGUUCGGAGCUUUUACCUGAAGAACAUGCAGACGAACGAAACCCGUACGGUCACACAGUUCCACUAUCACACCUGGCUGAACGACCCAACGCCCGAAACCAGCCAAACCCUGCUGGACUUCCGCAGGAAAGUAAACAAAUGCUACCGUGGGAGAUCCUGUCCUAUUAUUGUUCACUGCAGUGAUGGAGCUGGGCGCACUGGAACAUACAUAUUGAUCGACAUGGUGUUGAAUAAAAUGGCCAAAGGUGCAAAAGAGAUUGAUAUUGCUGCUACCCUGGAGCACCUGAGAGACCAGAGACCCAACAUGGUUCAGACCAAGGAUCAGUUUGAGUUUGCGCUGACGACUGUAGCCGAAGAAGUGAACGCUAUUCUCAAAGUCCUGCCACAGUGAUACUUCCAUCCCCGUUUCUCUCUCUCAGCUGUAAAUAAACCCUGAUCUCCGAUCUGAGAAGAUAUAUAGAAACUAUUUUGUCUGUAAAACAAUUGGACGAUACUCAUUAGCAAUUAGAAACUGUGCAACGUUUUACUUCUGUGUGAAUAUGGAAGCACAUUCGUUUCAAUCUCCUCCAUCUCAUUGUUCUCAAAUUCUCUCCUCAAUGCUGUUUCUAUUUGCACAGAAAACUACCACCAGAUUUGUUCUGAAUAUAUACUUGAUCAGACCUGAAUUAAUUGAAUUGAUCCGUCUGUGAUUUGUUAUUUAAGAUUUAGAGCUGUGUUCUGCUGGUUAAAUGUGACAACUACAGUUUAUCAUUACAGACUCACAGCAUAAACAUUGUGCAAGCCAAGGAAACAUUUAUUAUUAUUAAAUAUGACUGUACUACAAGAUCUUAAGAAUUACUACCACUUUCGUUUAGUACUCAAAUUUGAUCUGUGCACACAAAUAGUGUGGAUAGCAAGUAGAAAUGCAUGCAAGACUUCAGCGGUUGUGCUUUAUGAACUUACAGCAAACUUGUGCAUAGAAAAAUGUAAACAUAAAGACGUAAUUAUCUAAUUCGGGCAUAUUACAGACACAGUGUAUGAUCUCCGUCCUCAUAUAAAGACUUUUUAUUAACAUAUAGAGAAGAUUAAUUCAGUACACAUCCACAGAAAACCUUAUUUUCAUAAAAAGCUUAUAUAAGAUUCUACAGUACAUAUCCUGAUGCUCUGUGGAUGAACAGUUCAGUUAUUAAUGCAGAUGUUGACGUGGUGUGAUUCAAAUAACAUGAGUCUGCA